UCCGGCGACUUUGCCGUCUGCUGCUAAACACAGCGUCAACCCCAAUGUUUUUAGCGGCGUUCUUUACCGUUUUACAUUUCAAAGAGUAUUUCAACAAUUCUAUGAACAAUAAUGCCAUCAUUUUCAUUAAAGUUUUUACUUGUGAUCUAUUGUUUUUCCAAUGUGUUUGAGCUAGUUUAUGGUAUAAAAUGCUACCAAUGUUCAGCAGCAAAAUCUUUAGACUGUUCAGAUAUGAUGGUACACAUGGAUGGUAUCCAACCUCAUGAAUGUGAUAGCGUAUUUGAAGCAGAGUAUUGUGUAAAAUCAACUAGUUUAGACGAUGGGAUUGGUUCCAAACGAUUUUGUUCAUCAAUAGACCUAGGAAAUUAUUGCAAUUAUGUCAAACAACCUGGAGACCUAAUAACAUACAGAAGCUGCGUUUUUACCUGUUCUUCAGAUGGAUGUAACUCCUCUUCAAACCAUAUUCAAAAUUUACACUUUUUUAUUUUAUUAUUAUUUUGCCUUUUAUUUUAA